UCGGUCUUCGGCGCGGACACCAAACUGGUUCAAACAGAAAGAAACGCGGGCGGAGGGGAUUCCCCUGGACAGAGCUGCGCUGUUGGCUCCCCCUUGUGGCUACCCGGGGGAAGCGCCUUAGCGCCGGGUCGAUUGUUUUUAAACGUUUUCAGCGUUUCUGUGCGACGCGACGGUCGAGAGUCGCUCGCGGUGGUUUGGUGUUAGUGUUGAAACGGAUCAGUCUAAAGUACAAAUACAGGCAUUUUAUUUACUACUAAAAAAAGUAAAUCAACACGGGUCACGAUUUAUGGGUAAUGCAGGUGGUAAGAGUCACAUUUGCAAACUAAAUUCUUUGGGAGUUACUUUGAUCCCCCUUCAUUUACGUCUCCACCAUGAAUGGGUUCAUAUAUAUAUAUAUAAAUGCCUGAAACCUUAUCUUGAGCUAUCGUGAAACUAAGGGGCAACUAUAAGAGCUUUGUGUCCGAGCUUUUUGUGGGGGAGCUUUUAGAGACCUCUGAAUUUACGCUAAAGUUACUCGUUCACGUUAUUUACGUUUCCUUGGCGGUUAAAUUGUGCGUUUUUGUGCUUUAAGUAUUUUGACCGGUUACGUGACGAGCUGCUCGGGAUACGUCGGUGAUUAGGUAAAUGUAUUUUGAGGAACGGACAUGAAACGCGGGUUUGAAGGUCUUCAGACAGACAGCGCGAGUCCUCAGUCCGUGUGCGCAUAUAGACCAGUCUUACGGUAAACCUGCACCCGGAAACACAACAGACGCGGUCAAACGGAGUGUGUGAGUCGGACGGAGAGCGGAGCAGAAACCUGAAGCGAAAUAUGAAGAACUGCGGAGUCCGGACCAUCACCCGGUCUCCACCACCGCGGCCUGUGAAUGCGGGAUCACUGGAGGCCGAGGAGGAGGCGCAGCAGCAGCGCUGACUGCACGGAGGGUCAGGUGCCCAUGGGGGGACGUCUGGUGGAAAUGACUGAAGCAGAUAUAUCCGAGCGCCGUGUUUAAAGGGGAGUUGGUGUGAAGUGGUUCAUUUGCAGAGAAACUGAAGGACUCAGACGUCCUCAGUGGUGGCGACUGGAACCAGGAGUCCCGACGUCUACAAUGCAAACGUGCGGCGGUUAAGGAGUGAAGAUGUCUCUAGCGCAGCGUGUUCUCCUCACCUGGCUCUUCACUCUGGUCUUCCUCACCAUGCUAGUCCUGAAGCUAGAUGGGAAGGUGACCUGGAACUGGUUCCUCAUCUUCCUCCCUGUGUGGAUCUUCGACAGCAUCCUCCUGCUCAUGCUGGGAGUGAAGAUGGCGGGCCGGUGCAGGGCGGGUCAGGACCUACGCCAGGGAGCUCCUGGCCUGCGCAGGAAGGUGUGGUACAUCAUGGCUCUGCUGCUGAAGCUGGGCUUCUGUGUCACACUGUGUGCCCGGCUGGAGCACCUCACUAACCUUCGCCUGGUCUACAUCUGCAUCCCACUGUGGACCAUGCUGACCGGAGCCAUGGUGGAGCUAGGGGCUAAUAUUUUCCCUCAGCGCAGGGACUGACUCUUGGUGCUGGAGAACAGCGACUCUGGGGGGGAGAGAUGAACACACCCCGGCAGUGGGGCUGGCGGACAUGGAUGGUUCAGCCAAAAAUCGACUUAGUUUUAAUCCUUUCUCAAAUCUAAGAAGCUAAUGAGCUGAUGAGUAAUAGACGUUUAUAGCUGCCAGGUUGGAAUCAUAGGUUUGUUGAUUACAAUGUUAUACAUGAAACCACAUACGCAAAACUCCUUACAGUAUUUUAGAGGCCACAUCCUUCAUAUCCUUCCUAGUAUUUUACUUUCCACCCCCUUUUGAAGUGACUUAAUAUACCAAAACAGUCAGUUUAUUUUCACUAUUUUCAGUCGUUCUUUAUCGCUUAGAAUUAAACAGGCUGUUUUUGUAACUACGACUGUAAUACUGAUAAAUGUAAAUGACCUCUAUUCUGAUGGGCUGCCCUGUAUUGUGCCUCAUUCAAGGAAACGAUCAAGGCUGAAACACUCUUUAUAACUUCAGCAAGAAUGGGCGGGGCUGAACCGAGACUGAAUAAACAGACAUUUGAUUGACGUCACUAAACACUGAAUGCAAACUGGCUGUUUUUGCAGCUUAGUAUUCAUACAGGGCCUGAGUGGACUUUACUGAGUGAGGAGUACGUCUUGAAACUUUAUUCGUUUUUAUGAACUACAUCAAACUUUUUUUAAAGGGUGGAAAAUUAGUUUUUUUAAGAUGUGAUCCCUUUAAUAACCCAGAAAGACGUGAUUCAGGCAUGCAGUUUGCACAAUGCUAUAAGUCUUUAUUACUUGUUGGCUACAUCAGCUUCAUUGUGAAACAGAAGCAAAAAACCUACCACAUUGAAAAACCUGUGAGAUUUCUGGCUGAACUGUAGUUGUGACACAGGCACCCUACAAGAGAGGAUGAUGCUGAGUGGGUGGCCAGACAACGUUCACAGCGGUACUGAAGACAAAGGAUUUAACACACGUGUGUAUUUGAAACACAGCUUUUCACAAGUGCCACAUUUGCAGACUGUUUCACAAUCGAACGGGACUGACCAGGACAAUCUUAAAAGAGAAAGGCAGUUGACUUCUUGACAGCUACCAUGUCUUCAACAUUAUUUCUGCUCUAGAUGAGUCUCAGCCGCUGACGGUUCUACACUGUUGGUUGGAUUCAGGACAGUUUCCCUGUGGAACGAUGGAGCGGAGGUCCUGGUUACAUACACCUUGCACUAAGAAAGAAGGCAGUACAUCCGGCUCUGUCUAGUCUCGAUGAGAUCGAUUGACCACACCGAAAUGACUGGCAUGCAUUUUAAAAUUUAAACUCAUUUCAUUCUCUGGCCCCAGUAGGCAGGGUUCGUUUCACAGCUAUGGCUGUUUGUCCAGGUGAUACUGUGUACUGGAUAUUGCGGUGGUCAUAUGACGUGGUAAAGACGUUUUUGCGGUCAGUGCUCAAUGUCUGGAAGUCCUGUAGAUUGGAUGGUUGAUGUCUGUAGUUUGAAGUCUGGUAUAUUUUAAGUACUACAAGCAUUUUUACAACCUUUUUUAAAGAAUUCAAAACCAUUAGCCUACUGUGUUUUGCACACAAAGGAAUGAAACCUCUGCAUUUAACCCACCUGUGCAGUGAAACACCCACAUGUAUGCACACAAGUGAACACACACACA